AGCAAAGAUCUCUGACGGGUUGGGCAGUCUCUUUGAUCCCCCCUCUUGUUCAUCCGACUUGCAGCAACAACCAUCGAGGCAUACACCUAAGUAACAGCACAGGCUCUCCAGUGACGAACAGGAGCUCAGCAUCCUUCGACGUCAAUCCUCUGCAUCCUUGAAAUCAGCUCCUUUUUCAUUUUAGCUGCUCUCCAGCACAGCUAGCUGAUCCUCUACCCCUCAUCAUGUCCAAUCCGUCUUCUCCACGACCAGGGAAUGACUUUUCAGCCUCCUCUUCACCUCUCAGAAAGUUCAAACUAUGUUUUCUCGGGGACACAUCAUGCGGCAAGACCUCUCUCAUCACUAGAUUCAUGUACGACACCUUCGACAACACGUACCAGGCGACUAUUGGGAUAGACUUUUUGUCAAAGACCAUGUAUCUGGAGGAUAGGACGGUGCGGUUACAACUUUGGGAUACUGCUGGGUAUGAACGGUUUCGUUCUCUCAUCCCAUCCUACAUUCGUGAUUCAUCCGUUGCUGUCAUCGUCUACGACAUUACAAACAGAACAUCCUUCAUGAACACGAGCAAAUGGGUGGAUGAUGUUCGUAAUGAAAGAGGUCAGGACGUGAUCAUAGUGCUGGUGGGCAACAAGACGGAUCUGAACGAUAAGAGGCAAGUGACAUCGGAGGAUCUGGAUAAACGGGCAAAAGAGCUCGGUGUCAUGUCUAUCGAGACAUCAGCCAAAGCAGGACACAAUGUGAAGACAUUGUUCAAAAAGAUUGCCAUGGCGUUACCUGGAGCCACAGAUCCCCAAGCAGGCGGCGUCAAUCAAAAAAUCGACGUCUCAUCCAAGCAGGAGGAGGUUCCUCAAGCUUCGAGUUGUCAGUGUUGAGAGAGAGGGGGUAAGAUUUCCGGGCCAUCUUCUUGUAUGACUAUCAUGAAUGCAUUAGACCAUGCAUCUUUGCGAACUCUAGGC